GCUUUCUUUAUUCAAUGAUCAAAUUUAGAUAUAAUAGUCCUGAAUUUCAAAUCUUUUUGGUGGGCAUGAUCUGUUUCUGCUGCCCGGGCAUGUAUAACGCCCUCAGUGGUCUCGGUGCUCAAGGUCAAUCAUCGACUACAGCUGCAACUGAGGCUGGUACGGCUCUGGCUGUCACUUUUACUCUCUGUUCUUUAAUUGGUGCUCCUGUUUACAACAUUUUUGGUCAUCGUAUUCUUAUUCCAGGCGCAUUAACCUACGUUCUCUAUGUUGGUUCUUUCCUUUCUCGUUCUGAUGCAUUUACCAUUGUAGCAGGUGCCAUCUUGGGUAUUGGUGCCGGCUUUUUAUGGACAGCACAAGCAGGUAUCAUGAUGUCUUACCCCGCAGAAAAGGAUAAGGGUAAAGCCUUUUCGAUGUUUUGGAUGAUUUUCAACUUAGGUGCUACAUUGGGUGCAGCCAUUCCUCUAGGUAACGAAUGGAAUUCUGGAUCCAAAGAAGAAGUAAAGACGACAACCUAUAUUGCCUUCAUGGUCAUCAUGGCCGUUGGAUCCCUGAUUACACUUGCCCUUCUUCCUCCUCGUAAAGUUGUCCGAUCAGAUGGCUCUCAUGUAUCACUCCACAAGUUCUCCAACUGGCGACGAGAGGCAUUGGAAGUGAUCAAGCUGUUUCUUGAUUGGCGUAUGCUCGUGUUGAUUCCAUUCUUUGCAGGAUCCAACUGGUUUUAUACUUACCAAUUCAAUGUGUACAACGGACCCAACUUUAUGUCGAUCCGUGCUCGUGCUCUCAACAAUUUGCUCUACUGGCUUUUCCAGAUUAUCGGUGCUGGUCUCUUUGGUACUUUCCUUGAUUACCAACGUAUUGGCAACCGAAGAACUCGUGCCUUUGCAGGCUGCACCAUCACUCUUAUCGUCAUUCUCGCUCUUUGGAUUGGUGCCUUUGUAAUUCAGUCAAAGUUUACUCGUGAAUCCGUUCAACCUUCCACAGGCUACGUUGCCAUCGAUGUCUUUGACCCACAAUACCCAGGACUCGUAGUCGAAUACGCUCUUUUUGGUCUUAUUGAUUCUGUCUAUCAAGGAUUUGCCUAUUGGUUGAUGGGUACCAUGACCAACGAUACCGAACGUGCCGCUCGUUAUGGUGGAUUUUACAAGACGAUCCAGAACGCUGCUGCUGCUGUUGCUAACCAGUUGGAAGCUAACAAGAUCUCAUAUAUGUCUCAGCUCAUCACAGUCUUUGUCAUCAAUGUUGUCGGUCUUCUUCUCGCUUAUGUCGUUUGUUGGACCGUACCUGAAGUGACAGUUGAAACUGUUGAUAAUUUGGCAGAUGGUCAUACCGCUGCUACCUUGGUCGGUGGACAUGUCGAACAGUUGGCUGAAUCCAAAGAGACUCCAGUGGUAGAAGUUGAAGAAAAGACAGCUGCUUAAAUCAUACCAAUUUUCCUUUUUUCCUUUUAUAUGCAUACUCUUAAUAUUUUGUGAUUGUGUAUUAUUUACAUUCUAAUUUUCAAUAAAUAUACUCAUAUUGACCUGUGUUACACUAACAAGCUUGUCUUUGCUUUGUGAUCUUGGUUGUUGUA